AUGGCCUCAAAGGUAAUUAAAUCGGCACGUGAACGUGCUUUGCGUUAUGUGGAAAAUGCAAGCCGUUUGCAAAGACAAGAUCUUCGAGAUAAUCCUGGUGCUAGAACUCAGCGUCGUCAAAUAAAGUCUUCCUUGCACAAUCAAGCUGGACAUACAAUCGGUGAGCUUCAGCAUGCUGCGAAACCUCCACUUGGAUGGAUUUGGGGUAAUUUCUAUCAACCAUGGCAACGUCUUUUUCCAGGCGAAGAACAUUUUAACGGUGAUAUUAACUUAAGGCGAGAAUAUCCACCAUUAUCGUUGGUUGAGUUACAACGACUAAUUGAUUUGGGUUGGUUAGAUACUUCAUCAUUGAUCGAUAUCACUGCUCUAUGCAAUACUCGAAGAUAUCAUUGUAAACCUUCAUUGAGACAGUUCGGAGUACAGCUGACAGAUCAGGGUGCCGAUUGUUUUGCCACUGCUAUAAAUUUGGAAGUACAGUGGGCCUCAGAAACUGCAAUUGCAGCCGUGGAAAAAGCUGGAGGUAGAGUCAGAGUUGCAUAUUAUGAUGCGGCGGCUUUAGAAGCAGCUGUUGAUCCAGAAAAAUGGUUCUUAUCAGGAAGACCUAUCCCACGACGCAAAGCCCCCCCUGAAAGUCUGAUUUCACUUUACACUGAUCCUCGGCGUCGUGGUUAUUUGGCUGACCCGGAAGAUUUGAUCAAAGCGGAGGAGGAUUUGGCUCAAAUUAUGGGAUACGAGAGAAAACCUGCUCGAGAACAAUGGGAAGAAAAAAGGCCUGAUCAACUAUUUCUUGGUAUUCCAUCUGGUUCAAUAGUUAGUCUAAAAGAUAAGAAAUGUUUUGCGCCAACACAUCCUGUUCUUCAAAGAUAUUAUGGAAUUGACGAUAAUGCAAGAGAAAGUUUUGUUGCCGAUCAUUCUUAUGCUACUACUUUUUCAUCGACAUCAAUGCGAAGUAAUGAUUUCAUAUAUUCAUGA